CUGGAGCUUUGGUCUGGGGAUUUGUCACCCAGGUACCUCUCCACUGCCCGACCUGGGCGCAGGGCUUCCAGUGGGGGGCUGCACAGGCAACCUGCAGAGGCGGGGUAAGAGCGUACACCUGGAGGCAGAAUGUCAGGCAUAAAAGGCCCAGGCUCGGCAAAGGAUCCAGGGCAGGAGUCCACACCAGGGACUUCCAUGUCCCUGGUGUUCCCAGGGCAGGCUGUGACCUGGAGGCACUUGCCCAAGGCUAGACACAACCCGGCAGGAGGGAGUGGAGGGAUGGACCCCUUCGCGGACACCCUGCAGCGGCUGCGGGAGGCCUUCAGCUCGGGGCGCACACGGCCAGCAGAGUUCCGGGCCGCCCAGCUGAACGGCCUGAGCCGCUUCCUGCGAGAGAACAAGCAGCUUCUGCAGGAGGUGCUGGCUCAGGACCUGCACAAGGCGGCCUUUCAUUCGGACAUUUCGGAGCUCAUUCUCUGCCAGAACGAGGUCGACUUGGCUCUCAGGAACCUGCACACUUGGAUGAAGGAUGAGCCAGCGGCCAAGAACCUGAUCACGCAGCUGGACUCGGCCUUCAUCCGGAAGGAGCCCUUCGGCCUGGUGCUCAUCCUGUCUCCCUGGAACUACCCCCUGAACCUGAGCGUGGUGCCCCUGGUGGGCGCCCUCGCGGCAGGGAACUGCGUGGUGCUGAAGCCCUCGGAGAUGAGCAAGUGCACGGAGAAGGUCCUGGCCGAGGUGCUGCCCCGGUACCUGGACCAGAGCUGCUUUGCCGUGGUGCUGGGCGGGCCCGAGAAGACGGGAAGGCUGCUGGAGCACGCGUUCGACUACAUCUUCUUCACGGGGAGCCCUCGAGUUGGCAAGAUCGUCAUGACUGCCGCCGCCAAGCACCUGACGCCCGUCACGCUGGAGCUGGGAGGCAAGAACCCCUGCUACGUGGACGACAACUGCGACCCCCAGACAGUGGCCAACAGGGUGGCCUUCUUCCGCUAUUACAACACCGGCCAGACCUGCGUGGCCCCCGACUACGUCCUGUGCAGCCCCGAGAUGCAGGCGCGGCUGGUGCCCGCCCUGCAGAGCGCCAUCACCCGUUUCUACGGCGACGACCCCCAGAGCUCCCCGGACUUGGGCCGCAUCAUCAACGAGAAGCAUUUCCAGCGGCUCCGGGGCCUGCUGAGCUGCGGUCGCGUGGUCAUCGGCGGCCAGAGUGAUGAAAGCGAUCUCUACAUCGCCCCCACGGUGCUUGUGGACGUGCAGGAGACCGAGCCGGUGAUGCAGGAGGAGAUCUUCGGGCCCAUCCUGCCCAUCGUGAACGUGAGGAGCCUGGACCAGGCCAUCGACUUCAUCAACCGUCGGGAGAAGCCCCUGACGCUGUAUGCCUUCUCCAAGAGCAGCCAGGUAGUGAACCAGAUGCUGGACAGGACCAGCAGCGGCAAUUUUGCAGGGAAUGAAGGCUUCACCUACCUGACUCUUACCUCCCUGCCAUUCUCGGGAGUCGGUAAAAGUGGGAUGGGAAGGUACCACGGCAAGUUCUCCUUCGACACCUUCUCCCACCACCGCGCCUGCCUGCUCUCCCACUCGGGCCUGGAGAUGCUGAAGAACAUCCGCUACCCACCCUAUUCUGACUGCAGACAGAAGCUGCUCACCUGGGCCUUGGGCAGCCACAGCUGCACCCUGCUGUGAACACCCUGCCUGCCUCCAGGUCUCUGUCCACGACCUCUCUGUCCUGCUGCUGCCCGGGUGCUCAGUGGCCCCCAAAAGGCAGGCGUCCUGUCCACAAACAGAAAGGUCCUGCCCUUGGGGCUUUGUCUGAACAGACGCCCGGCUGGACAGGCCUCUGGGCCACCGGUCCAGCCCCUUUCAGGACCAGAGUCCCCUCUGCAGCUUUCUGACAGAUUUGUUGACCCUCUGCUUGAACAUGUCUGGUGACAGAGAGCUCACCCCUUAGGUUGAGCAGCCCUGGUGGUUAGGAAGGCCGCUCUCACAUCAUAUCUAUAAUUAGGCUCCUGAAGUAGAGUGAUUUCUAACAGCUCCAGCCAUACCUGGUUUGGGAAGCUGUGUUUGUCUGGGUCUCAGUUUCCCCAACGGCAGUGAAGAACGUGGGCCUUUGGAGUCGUCUCUGCCCUCCAGGCCAGAGUCUGCUGUGCCCGUGUCUGUCCUCCAAGCUUGCACCUGCCCCCUCGCCCCUCACUCCUCUCAGCUGCCCCGACCCCGGAGGGAGCCUCACUCCCAUCUCACAGGCAGGAGCCAAGGCCCAGAGAGGGCGCCGACUCCCCAGGUCACACAGCCUGUCGGGGAGGGGGGUGUCGGAGCCAGUGGGACCUGGGGGUCCCUCUACUUCCUGGGGCUCAGAGGGACAACUCAGCCGGCCCAUCUCCAGACUGUUCUCACCGCUGUGGCAUGCACACGUGUUGGUACACAUAGCACAGAUGUGAACACACAGAUCCUCAGACAGGCAGACACCAGUGCUCACACACACUUGCACACUCAGCUGGGGCUGGAGGCUGCUGUUUCUGGGGGCUCUUGUGCCAGUUUCCUGAUGCCCUUCCAUUCUAUGAAUACCUUCUGAGGGUGUGGAGAAAAGGGAACUCCCCUACACUUUUUUGCGGGAAUAUACAUUGGUGUAGUUACUAUGAAAAACAGUACGGAGGUUCCUUAGAAGAACUAAAAAUAGAGUAACUGUAUGAGCUAGCGAUCCCACUAGUCGGCAUAUAUCUGGAGAAGACUAAUUCAAAAAGAUACACACACCCCAAUAUUCACUGCAGCGCUAUUUACAAUAGCCAAAACAUGGACGCAUCCUAGAUGUCCAACAACAGGUGAAUGGAUAAAGAA